AUGGGCUGCUUCGGGUCACCGGGCGCCAAGAGUGGCGAGGAUGACGCCAAGUCACAGAAACGCCGCAGCGACGCCAUCACACGACAGCUGCAGAAGGACAAGCAGCUGUACCGCGCGACCCACCGCCUGCUGCUGCUGGGUGCUGGUGAGUCCGGCAAGUCUACGAUCGUGAAGCAGAUGCGUAUACUUCACGUGAACGGCUUCUCGGAUAAAGAGAGGCGGGAGAAGAUUGAGGAUAUUAAGAAAAAUAUACGUGAUGCUAUACUUACAAUAACUGGUGCUAUGAGUACUCUGACACCUCCCAUACCUCUUGAGAAGGUGGAGAACAAAGCUCGUGUUGAUUACAUACAGGAUGUAGCCUCUCAGCCAGACUUCGACUACCCUCCGGAGUUCUACGAGCACACGGAGGAGCUGUGGAAGGACCAGGGCGUGCAGAGGACCUACGAGAGGAGCAACGAGUACCAGCUGAUAGACUGCGCCAAGUAUUUCCUGGAUCAAGUCCAUAUAAUCAAGAGAGCGGACUACACACCGUCAGAGCAGGACAUACUCCGCUGUCGAGUUCUCACCUCGGGGAUAUUCGAGACGCAGUUCGUCGUCGAUAAAGUCAAUUUUCAUAUGUUCGACGUGGGCGGUCAGCGUGACGAGCGCCGGAAGUGGAUCCAGUGCUUCAACGACGUGACGGCCAUCAUCUUCGUGACGGCCUGCUCCUCCUACAACAUGGUGCUGAGGGAGGACCCCACGCAGAACAGGCUGCGGGAGUCGCUGGACCUGUUCAAGAGCAUAUGGAACAACAGAUGGCUCCGCACGAUAUCAGUGAUCCUGUUCCUCAACAAACAGGACUUGUUGGCUGAGAAGGUGUUGGCGGGCAAGUCCCGGCUCGAGGAGUACUUCGCGGAGUUCGCGCGCUACCAGACGCCUCCCGACGCGACGCCCGACACUAGGGACCACCCGGACGUGGCCAGGGCCAAGUACUUCAUCAGGGAUGAAUUCCUGCGCAUCAGUACGGCGAGCGGUGACGGCAAGCACUACUGCUACCCUCACUUCACGUGCGCCGUGGACACCGAGAACAUCAAGCGCGUGUUCAACGACUGCCGCGACAUCAUACAGCGCAUGCACCUCAGACAAUACGAGCUGCUCUAA